AAUGAGUGGAGGUAUUCUGCUUUGAGGGAAUGAAUAAUUUCUGCUUCCUGUUUGUCUGACGGUCCCUCUCUCUCUCUCUCUCUUUCUCUCUCCUUCCCAGAGAUUUCAGUACGUGACAUCAACACACACAGGGCACCAUGAAGUAGAGAGAGAGAGAGAGGGGAGAGAGAGAGAGAGGCAGGCUGUGUUGUCUCGAAACCAGAAGAGGCAAAAAAAAAGGAUUUAAAAGGAAACGUAUUUCCACACACACACAUAGGAAGGGAGUUCAGAGAUGUGAAAAAUGUCAGGAGGUUGCUCGUGUCCUGGGUGCUCGUCUAAGUCGUUCAAGCUGUACUCGCCGAAGGAACCCCUCAACGGCAACGCUUUCCCUCCCUACCACCCAAGCAGUAUGCUGGAUCGCGAUGUCGGUCCAACACCAAUGUACCCUCCAACGUACCUGGAGCCUGGUAUAGGGAGACACACACCCUACAUGAACCAGACUGACUACAGGAUAUUCGAGCUCAACAAACGAUUACAGAACUGGGCAGAGGAAUGUGACAACCUUUGGUGGGACGCCUUCACCACAGAGUUCUUCGAGGAUGAUGCCAUGUUAACCAUCACCUUCUGUUUGGAAGAUGGUCCCAAGCGAUACACUAUCGGCCGGACAUUGAUCCCCCGCUAUUUCCGCAGUAUCUUCGAGGGCGGGGCCACUGACCUGUACUACGUGCUCAAACACCCAAAGGAAUCGUUCCACAAUAACUUUGUGUCAUUGGACUGCGAUCAGUGCACAAUGGUGACCCAGCAUGGCAAGCCCAUGUUCACCAAGGUGUGUGUGGAGGGACGGUUGUACCUGGAGUUCAUGUUCGAUGACAUGAUGAGGAUUAAAACCUGGCAUUUCAACAUCCGGCAGCACCGCGAGCUGAUCCCGCGCAGCAUCCUCGCCAUGAAUUCCCAGGAUCCACAGAUGUUGGACCAGCUCUCAAAGAACAUCUCACGGUGUGGCCUCUCCAACUCGACCUUGAACUACCUCCGGCUGUGUGUUAUUCUGGAACCGAUGCAGGAGUUGAUGUCCAGGCACAAAACCUACAGCCUGAGCCCCAGGGACUGCCUCAAGACGUGCCUGUUUCAGAAGUGGCAGCGGAUGGUGGCCCCACCAGCCGAGCCGGCCCGGCAGGCCCCGAGCAAGCGGAGGAAGCGGAAGAUGUCGGGCGGCAGUACCAUCAGCAGCGGCACCAACUCCAACACCAACAGCAGCAGCAAGAAGAAGAGCCCAGGCGGCAGCUUCGCCCUCUCCAGUCAGGACGUGAUGGUGGUGGGCGAGCCCACCCUGAUGGGGGGCGAGUUUGGCGACGAGGACGAGCGCCUCAUCACGCGCCUGGAGAACACCCAGUACGACGCCACCAAUGGCAUCGACGACGAGGACAGCUUCAACAACUCCCCGGCCCUGGGGGCCAACAGCCCUUGGAACAGCAAACCGCCAUCCAGCCAGGAGAGCAAGUCCGAGAAUCCCACCUCCCAGGCCUCCCAGUAAAGGUGAACCCCUGCGGCCAAGCACAUUCCGAAUCCCCCACUCAAUCUACCUGUCCAAGUAGAGGUACCUGCAGGGUCAGACUGGAACGUGUACCCCCAACAUCCCCAUUCUCACAUGGCAUUAGCUGUGGAUACGACACACGCUUGUUUCACUUCUAAUCAUUGCUUCAAAUUUCUCUUCUAAUUACAGAAAGUAAAUUGCGUCUGAGGAGGGCUAAAGCUCCUCUUUCCCUCCCUCCUUCCCCCCCCCCCCCCCCAGUUUUGGAGUGGGCAAGGCCUUUAGGCCCUGAUGGGGUGUUAUCUGGUCUUGAAAGGAUCUCAGUGGUGGAGAUCUGCUGUCAAAUGUGGAGUCCUGGAGGUUGUAGAGAUAUCCCACUUUAUUGCCCCAAAGUGUUCACCAGAAGGGGGCAGAGGAGUCACCUGUACUGGGGUGAGUGGGUAAUGGGCAUCUGAAUUCCCCCUGCUCCUGCAGAGGACAGGCUCAGCAUUCAGCUCAGGGCAAAGGGUGGGCUGAUUGCAAAGUGUUCCAGCAGAUUAUCAAACCCUUCCCAUUCUGACUGCGCCGCACCCACCAACCAUCCUCCUGCCUCCACAGAUGCUGCUCGACCUGCUGGGUUUCCCGGGCAGUUCGCUCUUCCCACCCUUGCUUUUAGUGCAGAUGCCCGUGUCUGUGGCGGGUAUCAGAGUUUGACCUGUUGCUCUUUGCAAUCUCCCAAAGUCUGGAAUUGUGCACAGCGUGUGGGAGUGCUGCCCAUGACCCCGGGGUGGAAGGGGAACUGGAUCUGGUUGGGUUGGUUUUCCUAUCUCCUUAGUCAUACACUUGGCCCAUCGAGUCUGUGCAGACCCAGUCCUCUCAUUUCCUUACAACAUUGUCUCCCCAGAUUCCCAUCAACUUGCCCAAGAUUUCUAACUCUUCCCCACAUACUAGGGGACAAUUUACAGUGACCAGUCUAGCCCACCGACUCUGCUAGUCUUUGGGAUGUGGGAGGAAAUGGAGCUCUCGGCACUAAAUAUGUUAUUAUUCUGCCAAACAAGCUCACACUCCCCCCCCCCCCCCCCCCCCUCCACCUCAGUCAUCUGGGACCACUGUGACCCCACUAUUGGGAGGUGGAGAUACCUAUAGGAGGGUCAACCCCCCCCCCCCCCCGACCCAGCUCUGCAAGACUGCAAAGUCACACCAUCUUGCAUUGCCGUUGCAGUUGGUAUAUGUAUUGAAGAAGAGCUGUGGCAGAACUCGCCCUUGUUAGUUCCAAGUUUAACUUUCACACACUCUACUUCACUGUUCUACCCCGUGUAACCGCAAAGAAUCUUCAACCCUGCUGUCUGGUGUCCUGCCCUGUAUCGAGCGCUGUUACAGUAUUAUUUACUGAGCCCACGGGUUCCAGUGAUUUGAGAUAUUCUCACCUUUCAGAUCCCACCACAGUCUUCCUCUCUCCUCUCUAUCCCUCUGGCCCCGUCCAGUGAGGUUUAAUCAGAACCGGCCUUGGGUUACCUAGCUCCUUCCCACAUCUCUGCACCUCUUAUUGUGGUCUUGACAUCAGCCCUGAAACAGUGGCUCUGCCCUGAAUGGCCCAGCCUUGUGAGCUCCAGAACUCCCUCCGUUACGCCUGUAGGAUCUCCUGAAAUUUGCAACUAGUACUGGGCAGCUUUGAGAGGUGGAUCAGUGAUGGGUUUUGUCUGAGCUUGUUCCUGUGGUGGACCUUCAGGGUCUUUCACUACGUUAAAGGCUCCACACAAACACAGGUGGCUUUGGGAGUAAUAUAGGAAAGCGUCUUCCCUAUGGAAUGAUUGGACAGUGACCAAUGAAUUAACACCAUAUGUGGCCCAGCCCUGAUUGUGUAGCCCGUGGGGGUUUCUCCUGCUCCCUGCUAUGUUUCAGAGGAACAGCGACAGAGCAGAUCACAAACUCAACCAUCAGCCAGAAGCAUCGCAAACACCACACCAGUGUCCUGACACUUAAAUCCUAACAUGUAAUUUGCUGUCCAUGAUGUACCAGGCACAGUACACAUGCAUGCUGAGCCAAGGUGGGUUCAGCUUGUCUCUCGUUAUAAGUACCUCUAUAUUAAAAGGAUUCUUUUAACUACCUUCCAAAUCUAACCCCUGGUACCUCUGUGAACAGAGAGCGUGAGACGGAGGCAAGGAUUUCUUUGCUGCUGCUCACGAUUUUCUAAUUUGCUGUAAAUCUGUAGAGAGAGAGAGAGAGAGAGAGACAGGAAGAAUAUAAGAUGCACAGUGUCGUGUUUUAUACAGCAAAAGAAAUCCGGGAAAAAUAAACUUUAAUAAAUGCGUUAGGAAGGUGGAAUGCUGAACAAUCCCCUCAGAAUUGUUUGUAAUGUUUUUUAAUGUUAACUUGUGUAGGGGAACUGUGUUUAUUUUGGUUUUGAAGCCUUGUUCUGUGUAUCUCUGCUUGUAUAUUGAACGCUAGUAUUUACCAAUCUGUAUUGCUGUCAUUAAACAUAUAGUAAACCUUACAA